ACUAGGCAAGUACUACAGUUUUACCCAUUUGCCGUUUACCCAGAUGUCGAUAUGGAUUUAGUGAUAAAAAUUGUGCUACUAUUUUGUUUAUCUCAAGGUUUAUUCGGUAUUGGUGCUAAGCCAGACUGCAAUGGCAAAGGAGCAAAUUCAUGCGCACCGACUACACCUACAGCUACAACUACAACUACAACUGCAACCAUACAUUCAACGAAUGAAGACAAUGUGCAGUCAGCUGUUCAUACCACUACCACUGCUACGACGGCAUCCUCUAAGGAACCACAUGCUAAGGCCCAAGCUGUUCAUACCACUACCACUGCUACGACGGCAUCCUCUAAGGAACCACAUGCUAAGGCCCAAGGAAGACAGUACAAAUAUGAAGCUGUGUACAUUGUUAUUCCUGUUGUUGCUGUUGUUGUUGUUGUUGCAGUAAUCAUGGGUGUCGUCUGCUGCAUUAAAAGAAGAAGGAUCAAGUUGUCUCUCCCGAGAGUUCUUUACAGGAGAAAUAAUCCAACAGAAACAAACAGUCAUGGAACAGCUAUAACAAAUAUAGCAUUUAACGGUGCCGAAGUAUCUCUAAAAGAGUCUCCAACAUCUGUUCAUACGAACCAGUCUUUGGAUAGUGGGUAUGCUGAAAUUCCUAUUGGUAUAACUGAGGAAUGUCCUGACAAUGAGUACCAGACAAUAGACAUCUUACCUGAAGAUCAAACACUAUUCGCCAAUACUUAUGGACAUUUGAAAGACAAAAGUGGUUGUUUUGAUAGCAAAACGUAUUCACAUAUAGGCGAAAAGCAUACAGGCAGCACCGUAUCUAAACCCGAAAAUAUGAACUAUUCCCACAUUGGAAAACAACCAGGCCAAGAACUACAGUUAAAUGUUUCUGAGGACAAGAGAGAUAUUACGUAUAACACUUUAGAUACUCUGUCAAAACUUAACAUAGGAAGGAAUGUAACGAACGAAAAAAAUAAGAAUAAUGAAGAAGCAGAAUACAAUCAUGCGAUAGCUGGAAGGACUGGAUCUCUUUCUGAAAUAAAGAUACCAGAUGAAUAUGCACAUCUGAAUAGUGCUGUACAGAUAAAACAAACACACGAUAUGACAGUAUAUCGGACCGUCGCGGCUGGCAACGAAGACGAGUUACAUGAGAUGCACAGGCCCGGAUAUUCCAAGGAUACUGAGAAGUUGAUCACCGAGGAAGAAAAGGGCGCUUCUGUACACUACAGUAAAGUAAUAAAAACCAAUGCGACGACUGACAGCCCUAAUAAAUCAUUGCCAAGAAACGAUGGUUACGAACUUGCAGUGGCUUUAAAACAUGAUUACCUGAUUCUUGAGCCUGAAAAAGAGCCUGGCAAUGAAACGGAUGUACAGUUUCAUGUGGCUGAAAACGAAGGUUUUGGUGAAAGGAGACUUUCUGAAUGUGAGGAAUCACAAAAUCAUCAAUAUUUUAUUUUGGAGAAAAAUACAAACCUUUCUUAAUUUCAGUCUUAUUUUGACAAAGGGGUGGACGAUAAAUAAUUAGAUAUCUCACAAUGUAAGCGCAGCUUUAUUGUAUAUUAAAGGUUGUUUUGGAAUCGAAGUAGGCUAACGUGAUUUCAUAUAACAUAAUCAUAUUAUUUUUUAUUGUACACGUUUGUUACCCAUAUGACAUGAUGUUGUUGUUUUUUUUUAUCAAUACCAAUUCUAAACCAAUUCUUUACCAAAGUAAUACCAAUCAUACAGAAUUACAGUGUUUCAUUGAUGCAACAUUAAUUUUAAUGCUGUACUCAAUAGGAUAAGAAACAGUUUCAUUUCACUUCAAUUCAUUGAUGUUGCAUUGAAAACAAAUAUUUAUAUGAAAAGUUCAAAAUUGGUACUUAAAUAUUCCAUUAUGAAGAGUAGCACAGCCAUAAUCAUAAGUAGCACAGACAUCAUCUUAAUGCAGACAUAUAUUUUUAAGGUAUUUUAUAACUAAGGAGUUGCUAGGGUUCCGUUAACUACUACAUACAGUUUGAUUUACUGCGAGGUGUCAUAUAAUAAAAUAUGUAUGGAUUUUAAUCACUGAUUUAUUUUUAAAGGAAAAGCAAUAUAUUCCAGAAAAAUAAAGUAAUGUUUUAAUGUUUUUCAUUGAAUUGAGCUUUUUAGUACACUGACUUAUUCUGUUUGAUUCAAUGCUCGAUCUAAUUCAAAACCUGUAAACAACAACAACAAUAAGCAACAAUGCUACUUUUUUUCUGUACAAGUUUGCAUUUUUGGAAUAUAUGUAUUACGAUCAUUUCAUAUGAAUUUUCUAAGGAUCGCAAUAUAAACAGAUUGAGUCUGCGUAAAUUUUGACUUUAUUUUUGUGUUGCCGACUUAAACAAACGUACAACUUUUUGGUUAUUUACCCACCUACCAAUUAGUUACCAGGUACUUAUAAUAUGUUGUUUUCGCUAAUAUUAAAUAAAGUAUAGGGUUGAGAUGCAUGCAUAAAUAUUUUUAUAAAAAAAAGUAGGAAGAUUUAAAAUAUACUGAUUUUUAAAUGUUGUUGAAUCACUUUUAUUUAAGAUUUGUCUUUUUCCCAAAAUAUCCAGGUCAGAAAUAUAGCAAAAUCUAGCUAAAUUAACAUUCUAUCAAUUGUGGUUUUCUAUAAAAUACCAGUGUUAGCAUUUCGUUUUGUUUUGUUUUUUAUACAGAUUUGAUAUUUUUUAAUAACGACGUUCUAUUAUAUCUUAUUAAUAUUUUAUUAUCUCAUUUGCAUAAUAUUUUUGCAGUUUCUUUACCAAUAAAAUACUGUACAGACCUAA